GGGGGGAGGGGGGUCUUGGCCUGCUUCCAUUUCAUAACACGCUCGCUGAUUUUGUGAAUCCAAAGCGCCGUGCGUGUUUGGUGUGUCCUUUUAAUCCUUUUGAUCCUCGACGAACGCGCCGCGGCCACAAAAUGAUGGCUUCACUGCAGAAAAUGCUGAGCUUCCGGGCACCGAUCGCCACCUGCGUCCGCUCCAUCAGUACCGGUGGAGCGCGAUACGAGAUCUUCAAAGUGCAGACACCCCAGGAGUUUGACGAGAAAGUUCGCAACAGCAAAGAGCCCGUGAUCGUGGAUUUCUUCGCUACCUGGUGCGCCCCUUGUCGGAUGCUUACUCCUAGAAUAGAGACCGUGAUCGGUGAAACGGCGGGGAAGGUGAAGUUGGCCAAGGUUGACAUUGACGAGCACACUGAUCUCGCGCUGGACUACGAGGUCGCUUCCGUUCCCGUGCUGCUGGCGAUACGCAAUGGGCAGGUGGAACAGCGGCUGGUCGGAUUACAGGACACGGACAAGCUGAGGACGUGGGUCCAAAAUGUGGUGGAUAAAAAGAAAUGAGCUCGCAAUCUGGCAGCAGAGCUUCUUACCCAGUUUUCAUCGUCCAUCAGAUGGAUUUCGCAACCGGCGAAGUGUCCACGAAGCGGAAGGGCCCGUGGCCUCUCUUCGCCAAAGUGUGUUAGUGAACAAUUCCAUGCAAUGGAAUAAAACCUGUUUCGUAAUGCAAGUGA